CAGUAUCGGUCGGCAGCGGUGCGAGGAGCACGUAUCGCCGCCAUUUUGGAUCCCGCCAAAACUUAACGCGGCAAACUUCGAUGACAGAAAAAAUCGUUGAGUGACUUUUUAAUAACCAAAAAGGUUUAUAAAACAAAUUGUGACUGUUAAAUAAGUGUAAAAAAAAUGUACAUUAUUUUCGCCGUGCGUGUAAAAGUGCAUAAUUAGUUUAAUUUGUGUUAAACAAUAAUGGAUCUUGUGCAAGUGGCGGAACGUUGACCUUAUUUCUUGACAGGGCCAUGGAGCUCAAAACGCCCAAAGACAAGAAGAUAUCGAGUUUCACAAAACUCCUGUCGCGCGGCAAGAUGUUCCGGAUACCGAUUCUCAUCCUCUUCCUCCUGGGCAGCACUAGCUGCGACGACCGCGAAGACGAAUUCCAAUUUCAAAUUCAAAAUUCAAAUUCCGAAUUGCAAAACACAAGCUUGAUGGAACACUCGCAUAGACACGGACGUAAUACCAGUGUAAAAAAAGAUUUGAGUGACAUUAAAUAUUUAAGGCGACAUUUGAAUAGGGAAAUAGUGAAUUUUGUGAUGACUGACUAUUUGGUGGACGGCGAGGUGGAGAAUCGUGUUCACUUUAAUGGGAUUACGGCGAAGGAGACUUAUGUUGGCGCGAAUGGGAGCGGCUUGCGACUGCGUCAGCUGACCGACGGUCGCCAUCUUGUACAAGUCAUCUACACACCAAAUGGCGCCAUCCAGGACUGCGAGUAUAUAACCCAAGCAAAAUAUUCGAGAAACUUCCUCAAGACUUUAAGGAAAGAACUAAAACUCGCAUUAGAAGAACAAAGCAUUAAAUUAACGCAGAAUGAAAUAACAAAUGAAGAUGAGAAAUAUUACCGCCAUUUUAGUAACGUCACGCUCCGUAUUUUGAGAAACGGAGAGACUCUGCCGAUAGAUGUCGCUAGUUGGUUGGAUUUUGACAAGUUGAAGAUGGAAUGCUUGGAAAGGCAUGAGGAGCUGAAGUUUAUGAUGGUCAAUAAGAAUAAGGUUUCAGAUGCGACGCUAGCUAGGUCACGGAGGUCUUUGAAAGAGAAUUUCAUAGUCCCCGGAACGAAAUGGUGCGGCGCCGGCGACCUGGCAGAGAGGUACAGCGAACUCGGCAUGAAUAGGAAAGAAGAUACGUGCUGUAGAGCCCACGACAACUGCAGACUCAACAUAGGCCCGUUCAGACGAAGAUUCGGCUAUUUCAACUUUAGGCCAUUCACGAUAUCAAACUGCGCGUGCGAUAGAAGAAAAAAACGUGACGCCAUGGAGUUACUGAGAGUGCCAGGGACAAAGUGGUGUGGCAAGGGAUAUUCGGCGACGCGGUACUCCCAGUUGGGGGGUUACACACGCACCGACCGAUGCUGUCGGGUCCACGAUCUGCGCUGCCCCUUCUGGAUCGGGGGCAUGGAGAAGAAAUAUGGACUUUUCAACUGGCGUGUCAACACGCUUAUGCACUGCCGGUGCGAUGAAAGGUUCCGCGCCUGCCUGAAGCUGGCCAACACCUCCAUGUCCAACAUGGUGGGCAAGCUGUUCUUCAACGUGGUGCAGACCAGGUGCUUCGUCCUCAAGCCGGUCAAGUCCUGCACGCAGCGCUCCUGGUGGGGGCGCUGUCUGCGGCGCUCGUACACCAAGCGGGCGUAUUUGAGGGACAACAUGCCGUAUUAAUAGCGCCAUCUAUUUAGAACAUGAGUAAUUUAUCGAAUUUAAACUGUUGUGAGACAUACUAACAUUGAAUAAUUUUACGGUUUAUUUUACGUCUGUUAGUGCUUGAGAAAGGAGACCUAGGCUCCCCGAAACAUGUCGCGCGAGUGACUAAAAACAAGUGAGUCUAAACCGUAAAGUUAUUCAAUGAGCAAUUUAUGAUUGUGCAAUCAGCAGCAGAAUUUGGUAAGCGGGCCAGGUGUGCAAAAUGAUCUUGACGCGACUUUAUUGUUAAGAGAAUAAGAGCGUGUCAAGGUAAUUUUGAACGCCUCGCCCGCUUAGCAACUUCUGCUGCUGACUGCACCAACGCCAUCUAGCGUUAUAGAAAACUACAAUGGGAUUUAUGUUUGAUUUGUGACAUAAUAUAAUAAAACGAGCACUCCAUAAACUUUUAUGGAUUAUACCACGUCGGUAACAAGCAUAAAGCGCUCCUGGUAAGAGGUUACCGAUGCCUAUGGACGAAUUUUAAGUGUGUUACAUGAGCAACCCUUUGAAAUACUGUAUACUACUUUUUUGAAAAACAUCUAUAGUCCAUUCUAUAGCCGGAGUUAUUGAAACUGAAAUUUUACGAAAAUUCCUCUGAAUCCGCACAACAUGAUGUAUUAACUUCCCCACAAGCCCCCAACGAGCAAUGCUCGGGCAAAUUAGUUGGAAGUAUUUUAAGAUGACGCUAGAUGUCGCUCAAUGGCUUAGAACAGCGACAUCUACCGAAAGAGUUACUAGAUUUUUAAGGAGCGCCUCAUUAAAGUGUGUAGAGAAAUACAUCUACUAAACAAUACCAUAGAGAAAUAAGUAAACAUAGAGUGCUCACUCCAUACAUCAGUUUUAUUACCGGAACGUUUAUUAUUUUCGUAGUCGACAUCUACCGUUAUGUAGCGGACACAGACAAAACAUCCUCCAGACUGAGCAUAGUCGCGCUACCCCCUCUGCCACGCAUAUGGUAAUUUUACUCGAUGUUCGAGUCGAAAGUGUCUUUGUGUGACGUCCGUGUCUUUGAACGGACCAAUCACGGCACGGGAUUUCGCUCACCUCGUCCCGCGCACCCCCGCAUUUUUGGCAUCAUCGUUUGCAUGAAAUAAUUGCUCUAAACUCGGUCUAGAGGAUUCCUAGUCUAUGGUAGCGGAUUUAUCUUACUUAUUUAUUUCUCUAUGCUAUAUGAUGCUAUGGACUUUAUGUAUGAUGAGGGUAUAGGCGUUAACCGCACUAUGGUCCCUUUUUGCUAAGGGUGAGACUAUAGUCUAAUAAAACAUGGUCUUCUCUUCCCAGAGUGACACAAGCCUACGUCACAAUAACAUGGCCGCUAUAUAUAGCGCUAUCGCAUAUUAUCAUAUAGUGCUCGCUGUCUCAUGAUGACGUAGGCUUGUGUCAGUCAGGUGACCUAGAAAAGACGGGAAGAGAGUACCAGGCGGAGUAUAUUAUUAUCCCACCAAAAACAUAAAUGUAAAA